CAAUGGCCGAAAAUACAGAAAAACAGUAAGAAGGGUAGAGAGAAAGAUGGCUGAAGGUAAGGAAGAUGGGGGUUUUUGUGGUGGGGUGGAAGGAAAUAUUAGGGAACGGGUAAAGGUGUUUGGGAGGGAAGCAGACGUUUACAGCUUCGGGGUUUUGUUUUUCGAACUUGGUCUUAGCAGGCCCAGAGGAAGAAACAGUACCAACGGAUUGGAUUGAUAAAUCCUAUUUGGCGGGAGACUGGCGCGAAAAAGAGGAAUUGGAGAAGACGGUGAGGUGCUGGGGAAGAGAGAGAGAGAAGGAAGAAGUACAGAAAGGAAUCUUUAAAUAGUAUGGAAAAAAGAUAAGAUAAAAAAGUAUGCAAUGUAGUUGAACAUGGAAGAAAAAGGGGUCUGAUCCAAUGCAACAUUGGUACGUACGUCCAAUAUUUUAUUCCCUCUUGCGUGCCCAACGCAGAAGCACAAUCCUCGGUCUCGCAAACGCCGUCUUUUCGAUAGCAGCAUGUCAUUGUCGAAGAAGAUCACCCUAAAGAGCUCGGAUGGCGAGGCCUUCGAGGCUGAUGAGGCUGUGGCGCUCAAGUUGCCGACGAUCAAGAAGAUGAUCGAGGACGAUUGUGCCGAAAACGGAAUCCCCCUCCCGAACUUGACGAGCAAGAUCUUGGCCAAGGUAAUUGUGUACUCCAAAAAGCACGUCGAGGCGGCGAACCCCGACGACCGCACCUCCGAAUACCACCUCAAGGCUUGGGACGCCGAGUUCGUCGAGGUUGACCAGGACACUCUAUUCGACCUCAUUUUGGCCGCAAACUAUUUGAACAUCAAGAGUCUUCAGGAUCUGACAUGCCAAACUCUAGCAGAGAUGGUCAAGGGGAAGACUCCAGAGGAGAUUCGCAAGAUGUUUAACAUCAAGAAUGACUUCACCCCGGAGGAAGCGGAAGAGGUUCAUCGGGAGACCCGGUGGUUAUUUGAAUGAUGUAUUGGGAGAUAAUGUGGAGUUCAACAUACAAACAAGAAUGUGGCUUAUGUGGUAUAUUUUGUGGGUAUAUGUUAGGCAUAGUAAUUCUACUUUGAUCUUUCUCAAAAAAUGUGAGCACUUUGAAAUGUAAAUAACAUUGGGAGUCUAAUGGUGGCAUUGUCAGUAGUUGCUCCUGCUAUCAAUUCAUCGCCUUAAAUCCUUUCUUUGUUGUCA